AUGGAUCACACCACUAGUACUGUAGAUAUGGAUAAGGAGAGGUUAACGGCUGAGCUCGCCAUCAAAGACGACUCCACUUCCGUCGUCAUCAAAAUCCGUCGAAAGCUUCCUGAUUUUUUACAAUCUGUCAAGCUCAAAUACGUCAAGCUUGGUUAUGGCUAUUCUUGUAAUCCUGCAACUCUUCUUUUGCUUCUUCUUCUUUUUCCCUUGUUCAUCGCCACUCUCAUUCAGCUCACCGGCCUUAGGCUCGACAGCUUCUCACAAAUCUUCACCAGCUUCGACACCGCCACUGGUCUCACCGGUUCUGUUCUUUUGCUCUUCCUCUCCGGAGUUUACUGGGCAAAGCGUCCAACUCCCGUCUAUCUUGUCGACUUUGCUUGCUACAAACCCCAAGAUGACUGCAAAAUGGCCAACCAAUCCUUCACGAAGAUGUCCGAGGAUUCCGGGUUUUUCGAGCAAGAUACGAUGCACUUCCAGAAAAGGAUAGCCACCCGGUCUGGUUUAGGGGACGAGACCUAUCUGCCCAAAGGUAUCACUGCUCGACCCCCACAACUCAACAUGAGAGAAGCCCGAGAAGAAGCGGAGCUUGUCAUGUUCGGUGCCCUCGACUCCCUCUUCAGCAAGACCGGCGUUAGACCACAAGAGAUCAGCAUCCUUAUCGUGAAUUGCAGCUUGUUCAAUCCCACCCCUUCCCUCUCUUCCAUGAUCGUCAACCACUACAAGCUCCGACCAGAUAUCAUGAGCUUCAACCUCGGCGGAAUGGGCUGCAGUGCUGGCCUUAUCUCCGUCGACUUGGCCCAACACCUUCUCAAGGCCAACCCUAACUCCUACGCUGUCGUCUUGAGCAUGGAAAACAUCACCCUUAACUGGUACUCGGGCAAUGAUCGUUCCAUGCUUCUGUGUAACUGCAUUUUCCGUAUGGGUGGAGCUGCCAUGCUGCUCUCCAACAAGUCCAGGGACCGACGAAGAUCCAAGUAUGAGUUGGUUCACACGGUCCGAACCCAUAAGGGAGCAGACGACAACAGCUACAACUGCAUCUACCAGAGAGAGGACGACAAGGGUAUUGUGGGGGUUUCGCUGGCUCGGGAACUGAUGGCGGUGGCUGGAGACGCACUCAAGACAAAUAUAACAACAUUGGGACCCCUGGUGCUGCCGUUUUCGGAACAGUUGAUGUUCUUUGUGACGCUUGUGAAAAGGAAAGUGUUAAAAAUGAAGGUGAAGCCAUAUAUUCCGGAUUUCAAGCUGGCGUUUGAGCAUUUCUGCAUCCAUGCGGGUGGGAGAGCGGUGCUGGAUGAGAUGGAGAAGAAUUUGAAUCUGACGGAGAGGCACAUGGAGCCAUCAAGGAUGACACUGCACCGGUUUGGGAACACGUCAAGCAGCUCGUUGUGGUACGAGUUAUCGUAUGCAGAAGCAAAGGGACGGGUUUCGAAAGGGGAUCGUGUGUGGCAGAUUGCAUUCGGGUCGGGUUUCAAGUGUAACAGUGCGGUAUGGAGAGCACUGAAGACGAUUCCGGGAGGAUGUGAAGGUAACCCAUGGGCGGAUUGUAUCGACAGGUACCCAGUAAAGGUUCCAGUUGCAUAAGAAAGCAAGGCUCCAACUCCAACUCCAACUCCAACUUCAACAUAUAUAAAAAUAUACUUGGAAUUAAUUAAUGAAGCUGAUGAGGAUUGGCGGUGUUAUAUAAUUAGUUUGAAUUCUUACAGCAUCAUGUUUGUAUAUGAAGGGAUUUCAUUUGGAUCAUGAUAAUUGAGAUCCCUCAUGCCACCUGAUGAUUGUUAAUUUGAUUCGAUGUCAAUGUGAUUAAUUUUAAUUACUA